UUCGGACGCGAACACAUGGCUCUGACUGGGAUAACCUACCUGAAGGCCAUGUACUCAUCAGAAUGUCGGCUGCGCUUGUCGAAGUGAUCAAGGAAGCUGGGUAUAGCGAGAUGUACGGCGUUGAGCUCUGUCCGCCUACUGAAGCAGGAAAACCCGCACCCUUCAGCACCUUACUCAUUCUCCAAAAGUUCCUCCGUGCAAAUGAAGGACAAGUCAACAAAGCCAGCGAUCAACUCCUCAAAGCACUAAAAUGGCGCAAGGAAUUCAAGCCCCGCGAAGUCAUGAAACAAGUAUUCGACAAGACCAAAUUCAAAGGCCUGGGCUACGUUACAAAACUAGUCUUUGUACCUGAAAGCCCAAACGACAUUGACAUUGCCACCUUCAACAUCUACGGUGCUGUCAAGGAUACCAAACACACCUUUGGAAAUCUAGACGAAUUCAUCCGCUGGCGUGUCGCAUUGAUGGAACUAACCCUUCAAUCCCUAAACCUCUCCAAAACAACCACCCCAAUCCCCGACCAUGCAAAAGGCACAGACCCUCACCUCGCCAUCCAAAUCCACGAUUACCUCUCAAUCUCCUUUCUCCGCCAACCAGCCGAAGUAAAAGCCUGCUCUCAAAAGGCUAUUCAACUCUUCUCUGCUUACUAUCCGGAAACUCUGUCCAAAAAGUACUUUGUCAAUGUUCCUAGGGUCAUGCAGUGGAUGUUUGGGGCUAUGCAGAUGUUUAUGGCCAAGGAGACUUUGGCUAAAAUGCAGUGGAUGAGUUAUGGUGAGGAGUUGCAUGGGUUUUUGGGGAGCUCGGUGCCGAGGCAGUAUGGUGGGCAGGGGUCGGAUUUGGAGGAGACGAGUGUUACGCCUUUAUAUGAGGAGACUUCUUUGGGCGAGGAGCAGGGCAAGGGAGAUGCUGCUGCUGAUCCAAGCGCUGCUGCCACUGCAAAGGAGAUGGCUGUCUGAUGUCGGCCAUGACCGCCGUUCUCUGCUGUCAUUUUCUCUUAUCGUUCUGCCGUUCCAGAUACAUCUUGCUUCUCCUUACCCUAUGCUGGCCUCAAAUAAUGACAAUGCUACUCGUGUUUUCCAAGAACGUA